UAAUAUUACAUUAACAUCGUAGUGACAGCUCCCGGACCACCAGGGGUCCCUGGACUGCGAUUGGAGAACCCCAAGUUGAUUGUUGUCGUCCUGUCUUUUCCAUGACAGUGUUUCACUGCUAAAUUGCAGUUCAUCAUUUGCGGCCCCUCUAUUACGUAGACUUUUAGGGGAUCUUUUUUUUUUUAUGUGGUUUUACAGUAUAAUUCUUAUUUUUAAUGCCCUAGUUCGUGGGAAAGGAGAGCCACCGUUGCCACUGCACUUUUCAAAUGUUUAUUGAACACCGGAAGAAGCGUAAAACCCAUAAACACAAUGAGCACACUCCCGCAAGAGCUGCUGUAGGCCAAAGCUCGCGCCCAGACACUCACACGCAGACUCGCCGCUGUCACACAUCACCCCCAAGAGGCCCCGCCUCUUAAAGAAACAUUUUAACAGAUGUGUACAGUAGAGGUGCAACAGAAAAUAAUCUCUCAUUUCUGUAGUCCUCCAUGAAAGCAGACUGAUUAUCUUUGUGUUUAAUCCAAAAAAGAAAUUUGUAAACAUCUGCUUUGACUUUGGAAAACCCAUAGAUCAAGCAUUUUUGCUCAUUUUCUGACGGAUGUUAAGGACCAAACCAGUAACUGAAUCAUAUUCCAUUUCAGUUCAUGCAUUUUCUGUACUGUCAAUAUAAAAGAAUGUCCUGCUUUUGAAUCAAGGAAUGGAAAUUUUAAACAAAGUUUUUAAUCCGAUUCGUCAAUUCAUCGGAAAAAUAAAUGACAGACAGAUUAAUAAAAUAACCGUUAGUUGCAGCCCUGCAGUUUAUACUAGCAUUUUUAUGGCUGUGUUCAAAGACAUAAAAAUGUGUUUAGAAGUGUGUUUUCAUAAUUUUGAAUGCGCCACUAAUGUCAUUUUCAUCUUUUGUUUCAAACCCAUCCAUCCAUCCAUUUUCUGAGCCGCUUCUCCUCACUAGAGUCGCGGGCGUGCUGGAGCCUAUCCCAGCUGUCAUCGGGCAGGAGGCGGGGUACACCCUGAACUGGUUGCCAGCCAAUCGCAGGGCACAUAGGAACAAACAACCAUUCGCACUCACAGUCAUGCCUACGGGCAAUUUAGAGUCUCCAAUUCAUGCAUGUUUUUGGGAUGUGGGAGGAAACCGGAGUGCCCGGAGAAAACCCACGCAGGCACGGGGAGAACAUGCAAACUCCACACAGGUGAACCCGGGUCCUCAGAACUGUGAGGCUGACGCUCUAACCAGUCGGCCACCGUGCCGCUGUUUCAAACCCUUUUUCCCCCAUCUCAGCCAGCCAGAUUUUUGAAACCUAGUCCGAUGACAUAUACAGGCCGGGGCGUCUACUUUGUGGCGUGAGUUGGCACUCUGCCGCGAUACAUUUUUUUAUUCAUUCAAAUUUGACCGGCUUUUUGAAAACACUCUUCUCUGUGGUGUGUUAAAUUUAGACAUUUUGUGACAAAGCAUGUGGGAAGAGGAAAACUAUUUUAAAAAUAAAGCUGGUCUCUCUAUAUCAGUGAUUGUCAAAGUGUGAUACUUGAGUGGGAUGUGAAAGAAUCACUGCCUAAGUACAGUUCAGUUGUAUUUAACGUUGGACUUUAACACAUUUACAUUUGAUUUUUAAGAAAUCUUUUAAAAAACAUUUAUUUAGGUACAACUUUUAUUCAACUUCAAAGUGCAACACAUUUAAACUGAAUCAUUUUUAGCCAAUUGAUGUCAUUUUUAUGAACACGUAGGCCUACUAUACUAUUGCUCUAGUGUCGCUCAUGAUGGAAGUAUUUGCAGAGCUAAGCAUUUAUAUUUUAUUUUUUGGGUGACACUAGGGUGUGAAAGGUUUGAGGACCCGUGCUAAACCGCAAAGGCUUUGGAUUGGCUACAAUGAUUUUUUUUCAUGGUGCCAACUGUCAGUACAGUAAAAAAAAAAAUAAUAAAAAUAAAAACGUUCCGGCCAUGACAGCAACUUAAUUGUGUGUUCCGAUUUACAUCAUCAAUGGCACGUUCGCGCUCGUCCGCAAUGCGCGUGCGCGACGCUCACUCCUUCGCCUAGCGCGAGCGCGCGUCCUGUGCUGUGCUUCCCAGCUGGCAUCCUGUCUGGAGUCAGCACCUCCUCCUCCUCCUCGCACUCCUCUCCAUCAGCGCGCUGGAGGAGGAGGAAGAGGAAAGCUUUUUUUUUUUUUUUUUUUGUCAGCACUGCAGCGGCGGCGCAGAGGAAUGAUGAUGAUGAUGAUGAUGAUGAUGAUGUGUGAGGAAGAGCAGCAGACUUGAAGACCAUCGGGAAGGACGCAGCAGCACGUGAGCAUCAUCAAUAAUCUUCGUCGUCGCGUGUACUCGAGCAUGCGACAUUUUGCAGUUGCUGCACGACUGUGCGCGCGCCCUCGCCAACCACCUACGUGCGCGUGCACGUGGAGAAGAACACGGUGUGCGCUCACCAGCAGAGAAAAGCCACAAAGGAUCGCUCGCGAGCGUGUAUACAGGAAGUGGUUUUGCCUGACUCGGUUUCCCGAAGUCCGGCUGAGGUUGAGGUCAGCAGAUGACAGCUUGUGCCUGGGAGAAGGAUCCGCAGUGAGAAACCUGGACACGACACCGGACGACCGUCCACCUGCGGCAAUUGUGGGAUGAGGCGCGGUGCUGGUGAACUUGCCAAGGAACACGCUGAGCGUUUCUCCUUGUGAGAAGAUAAAGGAUUGAAAAGACUCUCUCUCCAAUUGUUUUCCAGGAUCUCCCCAUGUGGGAAGUGGCUGCGUAGUCAUCUUGUUUUUUGUUUUGGUGGGGGGAAGUUGUCUUUGAACAGGACACUGACGGGAAAAUGACAUCUGAUUUUGAUGACGUGUCAAAAGAUGGCCACUCUGAACUUCUUGCUGGCGUUGACAAAGCGAAUACAAGUGACUGAUUGAUCAAACCUCGACUUGGAGUAAACUCCUUCAGUGCUUGAUUCUGUCCUGUCUUUCCUCCAUUAUGGCUCUCGAGUAUUCCUUCAUUGCAGAUGUGAAGGCCACCGGGGAGUCCUGACUGAAGUGGGAAUGCUCCACAAGUCCGCCAAGCCUUCCGAUCAGCGGCAGAAAGUCCCAGAUCCAUCUUGAUCUUCAUAUCCGACCUUGAAGAACAAGUGCUCCUCUCCCCCCCACUUUUUCCAGUGGGGGGGAGGGCGGGGCUUAGUUAGCUGGUAGUCGGGUAGUUGUUUUUAUUUUAGAUGUUUUGACCACUUCAAGUAGGAAGUCACUUUUUUUUAGCUUCUCUUGCUCGUGGCCUCACAUAGGUCUAAUCUAGUUGUUAGCCAUGGAUGCUAAUCAAGGCCCAGGCCAGGGCAGCCCGGAAAGUCCGAAUCGUGCGGUGGAGUACCUCCUUGAACUCAACAACAUCAUCGAAAGCCAGCAGAAGCUUCUGGAAACGCAGAGGCGGCGCAUUGAUGAGCUGGAGGUCCAGCUAGACCGCCUCAGCCAGGAGAACAAGGACCUGCGCUUGGUCCGUGAGCCCGCCGCACCGCCUCCCCCCGCACCUCCUGCGGAGCCUCGUCUUCCUCCUCCUCCCCCGCCGCCGCCUCCCACUCACUUCUCCUCCGUUCCCAGCAAGAACCACCAUCUCCACCGCAACAAGCCUCCCACCUCCAUCCCACUCAACGUCAGCCACAACCACCAGCACCAUCACUACAAUAGCAACUCCACGGUCCACCUUCCCGCUGCGGCCCCCGCCUCGCAGGUCCCCGCGCCGGCCCCUCCACCGCCGCCGCCUCCCAUUCCCCCCCGGGAGCAGCCGCGGGGGCACAGCCGUCUGAGCCGAACGGCGUCCACCAGCACCGGAACCAACACCAACUUUGUGGAGAAGGAGAAGGAGCGCCUGGAGCGCCUGCACAGGAGUAACGCCGCCAACAACCACCACGCCCACACGCUGCACCACCACAAAGCCGUGGAAGGUGAGCCGCGGUGUACGGAGGCGCUCCCUUUUCCAGAUUCAUUGUUCGGCCACCCUUACGCCUCCAGCACCAGCACCUCCAGUGGGCCCCUGGGAGCCUCCCACACACAGGACAGCUCGCCCGUCUCUACGCCCAGCGCGGCGAGCUUGGCGUGGGCACAGCGGAGUCGCCAGCAGCCUGCCAGCCUGGCACUACGCAAGCAAGAGGAGGAGGAGAGCAAACGCUGCAAAGCCCUUUCUGACAGCUAUGAGCUCUCCACGGACCUCCAGGACAAGAAGGUGGAGAUGCUGGAGAGGAAGUACGGCGGCCAGUUUGUGUCUCGGCGGGCGGCCAAGACCAUUCAGACGGCAUUCCGGCAGUACCGCAUGAACAAGAACUUCCAGAGACUCCGCAGUUCGGCCUCGGAGAGCCGGAUGACACGUCGCAUCAUUUUGUCCAACAUGAGGAUGCAGUACUCCUUUGAUGAGCGUCAGCCGCAGGGUCAAGGCUAUUCAGGUCCGCAGGGGUCCGAAGACACAGCAGAGAUUGACGACUCUUUCUCCAAGCAGGUCAAGUCACUGGCAGAUUCAAUGGACGACUCGCUCACCUGUCAAUCAGGUCGAGAGGACUCCCAGGAGGCGGGAGGAGAAGGAGAGGAGGAAGAGGAGGGUGACGAGGAGGAAGAAGAAGAGGACGAGGAAGAGGAGGAAGACUACAGGGAGGGCUGCUGGGGUGGGACCUCCACCUCCUCCCGCCGUGUGGUGGGCCAGGUGGGUCGAGUCGGGCGGGGGGCCUCCGGCGCCACCAUGCACGAGGACAGCACGGCCACCUCCUUCAGUGACGUCACCCUCUACAUGGACGAAGGCUGCCUCCCGGCCUCGCCCAUCUCCCGCCCGCCUUCCUCGCCCCUGUCUUGCCCUGCCUCCAGCUCCGACACAGAGUACUGGGGAGGCACUAGCGGAAGGGAGGACAGCCGAGAAACAGAACGCGGCGGCAACGCCAGCCGGAGGAGCAGCACCCCUUGCACAGAAUGUCGGGGGGAGUACCGAGGGAGGGCCGCCACAGGAGGACACUUGCCUGUCUUGACCAUAGAACCGCCCAGUGACAGCUCGGUCGACAUGAGUGACAGGUCCGAGCGCGGCUCCAUCGGGCGUUUGGUCUACGAGCAGGAGCCGCCCGGGGUGGAGCGAGCAGCAGGAGAAGAAAGUGGAGGCGGAAAUGGUGAAAGCGCAGAGGAAGACCACGGAGGUGGCGGGGCAGCAAGUAGCGAGGCCGACUCACCGCAGGGAACCAUCAAACACAAACCAAACGGCCGCUCGGUGGUGAUGGCGCAGGGACAGACUCGUAGUUGCGCCCCCUUGCCCAUGCCCUCGGCUCGCGCCCUGCCAUCCCACAUGCUGCCGCACCCACUCCAGCACACACACCCUCACCCGUCGCCCGUCCCCCAUCUGCCCACCGUCUUGCACCACCACCCGCAGUACAACCACAUGGCGUACGUGCACCACGGCGGGGCCGCGUAUGUGCCGCACUUUGCCCAGCACCAUUACCACCACCUGCACCACCAUCACCACCUCCCUUACCCCUGUCUGGAACCCACUUCUUCGCCGCUGCCCUUGCCCAUUCCACCACUCUCCCCGAUGCCACCGCCGCUCACACCCUCGCCGCUGUCGUCUUCCGCGGACGCUAAUCAGCACCUGCACCACCUGCCGCACCUGCACCAUCCGCUGCACCACCACCUGCUGUGCUCGGAUGGCGACAACGAGAGCGUCAACUCCACGACCACCAACUCCAACGACGACACCACCGUCAACAACGGCAGCUCGGGCUCAUCGUCACGCGACAGUCUGCGCGAGCCCACAGCGGCGGCGCACGGCAAGCAGACGUAUCAGCGCGAGAGCCGCCACAGCUGGGACUCGCCCGCCUUCAAUAACGACGUGGUCCAGCGGCGCCACUACCGAAUCGGACUCAACCUCUUCAACAAGAAGCCGGAGAAGGGAAUCCAGUACCUGAUCGAGAGGGGCUUUGUUUCGGACACACCGGUGGGCAUCGCAAGGUUCAUCCUGGAGAGGAAAGGUUUGAGCCGGCAGAUGAUUGGCGAGUUCCUGGGCAGCCGUCAGCAGUUCAACAAGGAUGUGCUAGACUGCGUCCUGGACGAGAUGGACUUCUCUGGGAUGGACCUGGAUGAUGCACUAAGAAAAUUCCAAGCUCAGAUCAAAGUUCAGGGUGAAGCUCAGCGGGUGGAGCGGCUGGUGGAGGCUUUCAGUCAACGCUACUGUGUGUGCAACCCAGUGCUGAUACGGCAGUUCCAAAAUCCAGACACCAUCUUUAUCCUGGCCUUUGCCAUCAUUCUCCUCAACACGGACAUGUACAGCCCCAACGUGAAGCCCGAGAGGAAGAUGAAACUGGAUGACUUCGUCAAGAACCUGCGAGGUGUGGACAACGGUCAGGACAUUCCUAGAGACCUUCUGGUCUCCAUUUAUGGAAGGAUCCAGAAGUGGGAGCUGAGGACCAAUGAUGACCACGUGUCUCAGGUGCAGGCGGUUGAGAGGAUGGUGGUCGGCAAGAAGCCGGUUCUGUCACUGCCUCACCGCCGGCUGGUGUGCUGCUGUCAGCUGUUCGAGGUUCCCGACCCAAACCGAGCUCAGAGGAGCGGCGUCCACCAAAGAGAGGUCUUCCUGUUCAACGACCUGCUGAUGGUGACCAAGAUCUUCCAAAAGAAGAAGGCCUCCGUGACGUAUAGUUUCCGACAAUCAUUCCCGUUGGUGGACAUGCAGGUGCACACCUUCCAGAACACUUAUUACCCUCACGGCAUCAGGUUGACAUCGGCCAACCCCGGGGGCGAGAGGAAGGUCUUGAUCGUGUUCACGGCGCCGAGCCAGCAGGACCGCACUCGCUUCACCUCGGACCUGAGGGAGAGCGUGGCCGAGGUGCAGGACAUGGAGAAGUACCGCGUGGAGUCCGAACUAGAGAAGCAGAAAGGUGUGAUGCGUCCCGCCGCGCUGAUGGCGGGCGGGCCGGGCAGCACCGCCGGAGGGGCGGGGCCCGCGAAGAGCGAGGCUGUGAAUGGCGCCCCGGGUCGGCCCAGCCUGGACGACACGUACGCAUCGGUGGACGGACUCAAACGCACGGCGCUCAGCUCCUCGCUCAGAGACCUGUCCGACAGCGGGAAGCGAGGUCGUCGGAACAGCGUGGGUUCACUGGACAGCACGAUGGAAGGGUCCAUCAUCAGCAGCCCGCGGCCGCACCAGCAGUACCACCCCGGAGGGCUUCUGGCCUACAGCCCCAUGAUGGCGCCCUCGUCUCCGGCAGCCUACCGGCCGCACCGCCCUACUCAGAGCCCCGGUACGGGGGUAGGCGGUGGGCCGGGGCUCUGUCACAACCAGCCCGGGCCGAGCGCAUCCCCGCUCACGAGCGGGGGCGCGGCUGGGGCCGGCGGAGGGAUGGCGACGGGGGUAGGGCCGGGCGGCAGCGGCCGGUUCGGGAACUUUUUUGGCAGCCGCAGAGGGAAAGUUCCUGGUCCCCUGACGAUGACGUCGCCAACACCGCAGGGCCCCCCGAGUCCCCUGAUGAUAUCCUCCCCGCCCCACUACCCCGCACCCGAGCCUCCUAUCGCCCACCCGUCCUCCCCUUCCCCAUGCCCCUCCCCAUCUGUCAACCUCGGCCAGUCGGACCCGGGAGGCAUUGGAGGGGCAGGAGGCCCGGGUGGGGCGCCGUCCAAGCUCCAGGCGUUGCACGCCCAGUAUUGCUACGGCAACAGUGGGGGAAGCGGGCACCAGCUGCAACAGACUCCACCCCCACCUUACCACCACCAUCACCGAUACCACAUGCAAAGCGCCCCACAGCACCACCCCCUCAUGCACAGGGUGUCGGUCCCGCGGCGCCAGGUCCCGUCUGGCUGCGCGCCGUCUCACAUCCAGCAGCAUCAGCGGAUCCAGCAAGCCGCCGCCCAGCACCAGCGCUACAACGCCGCCUCGGGUUUUAUCACGCCCCCGCCGCUGUCCCCGCACUCGCCUCUCACCCCGACUACGCCACACGGACUCUUCCGGUCGGGCGGCGGAGGCAAGCUGCCGCUAACCAUCUCGCACUCGCAGCCCCACCCCCACAGUCACUCUCACAACCACGCCGCCCACUCCCCGCUGAGCCCCUCACCCGCCAGCUCGCCCUCCACCCACUUCAUCUUCUCCACGCCACCGCCCCAGACUCCUUCGGCGCGCCUGGUCUCCCAGACCCUGCCACAGCCCUACGGCUCCCAGUACCCACCGCUCUCCUCUAUCCCACCCCCUCCUCCGCACUCCCCGUUGCCGCCCCCAUCCGCCUCACCGCUCUCCCCGCACCCGGGGGCGGGUGGCGGGCCGGGACCCAAGUCAAAGCCGGUCAGUCGGAUCAGCACCGUCGUGUGAGGAGUCGGCGAGCCAAGGCCCCAGCCCGUCUGGUCAUCGGCCACCGGGGGGCGGCACCCCACCUCGUAGCCAACUACCGGGGGCCGGCGCUAAGAGGGGGGAGGAGGAGGAGGAGGAGGAGGGCCGGAGGACAAGUGCAAACGUAUCAAAAUGGCCGCCUGGUUAGGCGGCGAGAAAUUAGAACGGGGAAGAGGAAAUUACUGAGCCUGUGUUACUUUCACAUCCACUUCCCCUGCGGCUAGAACACCCGAAAGAUAAUGUCGCGGCGCACAUCGAUCGAGCCAUCCUUCGGGGGGUGCGGAGAAUUUAGUGAGGAGUGAGAACAGUGCCUGACGAGGGUUAGCGCACGACACUAGCACGUGACAACUGGAUUCCAGAAAUCCAGCUGUUCCCCGGAAUGGCCAAUAGGGGGCGCCGUAGUUAGUUUGGUGCACUUUGUGUCUUUGAAUGACACCCGUGCAUGUCUUGUGCAAUUGCUGCUGAGUGUUUGUAAGAAGGGGCGAGGACUUUUUGUUGUUGCUGUUUUUUUUUUACCUCUGUGCUUUGUGAAAAUGUUGUUUUGGCUCACAGGGUUUCUGCACUCUCCUUGUUAUGGAUCGGGAAGGUCAUUUAAUUCUUCACUACGAUACACAUACCAUAUGCAUGUAUAUAUAUAUAUAUAUAUAUAUAUAUAUAUAUCAAGGCAGGAAGAAAGCAUGAAGACCAACUUCAAGAUGAGAAGACAAACAUCAAGUCAAACAUUAAGAUAGGACAAACCUGAAGACAAGCAUUAAGACCAACAUGAAGACAAGAUGACGAGACAAACAUCAAAGCGAAAAGAAUUCAAAAAAUACAAAGACAAACAUCUCCCAUUAUAAUGUGUAAUGCAGUAUAUAAUGUAUCAAGUAUUCCAAAGGUAUACAAAAGCAAAGCAUAUUGAUGUACUGAUGUUUUUUUCCGUGUUGCCAAGGAAGGAGAUGAAGCUAUUAAUCAUGAUCCCAAACAGGGUGCACUCUGGGAAACAGAGUCUUUUUUACACAAUCGACUAGUCAGUCAAAGAUUAUAUUUACAAUACUAAUCCUGCGUAUUUAGAUCAAAUGUGGUGUUAUUAUGCAAAAUGCAACGUAAGUAUACAUAGUUACAAUCUUCCUGGCUGGCAAUAUAGUGACAUUAUCAAGAGUCCUGGAAUGUUUGUUCCAUUAAUUGAGCCAUUUUCCCCUCAAAUUGGUUGAUUAAAACAUGUAUUUUUUAUUUUACCUCAUUGAAUAAUGGGCUAUUUGAUUUAUUGUAAAUAAAAUAAAAAUAGUUUAGUGAAAAACUUUUUUUACAUAUAUUUUAUAUUUUUCAAUAAAAAAAUGUUUUUAUUAAAUAUUAAUUAUAAAUAAUAAAGUUACAAAAUGGGAAAUUACUCUUUCACCAUUAAAACGAUUUACAUAAUUUGGUUAAUUAUUAUAAUUAACAAUAAAUGUGUUGAAUUUUCCCUUGAGGGGUUAUAAUCAGGAAAAAUAAUAAUAAAAUGAGCUUGAGUUAUUCUAUUAAAAUAAACUAUUUUUCAUCAUUUUCUUCAUUAUAAUUACAUUAAUUAUAAAGAAUGUGUUGAUUUUCGCCUUGAGGGAUUAUAAUCAUUAAAAUAACGUAAAACAAUUUAAAUGAAAAUGUUCAACUGUAAAAAUGUUUUAUUUUUUUUGGAUUAAAAUAAAAUAUUUGACAUGCACAUUUGAACUUGGCCCAUUUGUCCCUUUUAAGAAUCAUUCUGUGGUCGUUGAGCACUAAAGUUAGCCCGCCCGUCCGAACAUGAAGUACGGCAACAUUAGCACAACGAAUCCAGCUCAUUCACACCAUCAUCUUUUUGCAAAGUGGAGCGCAAGGUGCCUUCAGACACGAGGAUGGUAAAAUAUGAAUCAUCUUUUGAAUAGACUAUCAUUUCAGACCACACCAGAUGUAAAGGUUUUUGGGACUUUUUUUUUUUUUUUUUUUUUAAUCCGGACCUACACAUGUGUACCUUUCUCUAAUUAUGAUGAUUAUUUUUUGCACUUAUGCAAAUAUGAGCGUCGCCUUUGUGAAUGUGUGCAUGUGAAGUUUACAGUGUGUGUGUUUUCUUGAGUCUGCGGGCGUAUGUGUGGGAGUGUGUGUGUUUAAGUUUUCAGGGUUCUACUGGGCGUAUAUGAACUUGAUUAUUUUUUUACGUUUACCUGUAUUGCGUUAGGAGUGGAAACGGCGUGAGGGCGUUCCUCUGGGCACCUUCUUGGCUCCCCUCUUUUUUUUCAUUCCCAGGGAAGACUAUUGAGUCCGAUUUGACUUUUCUUUUUUUAAAUAACAAAAAAGCAAAACUGGGUUUAUGCAACGUUCCCUGAAGACUUAGAUUACCUGAUGAUGACUUGAAAUCUUUACACUGAAAACUUUACAUUACUUGAUGAUUUGAAGACUACACUGACGUGUCACGACUUGUUCUUACACUAAACUUGUCACAUGACAUGAUGAUGACUUGAAAUGUCUUUACACUGAACAUGUCACAUGACUUGAAAUUGAAGUGUCUUUACACUGUCUGAAUCACAUGACUUAAUGACUUGAAGCCUUUACACUUAACAGGUAACGUAACUUGAAAUUUUUACACUGAAUAUGUCGCUUGACUUGAAGUACUUAACACUGAACGUGCAUUGGUAAUAACUUCAAAUCUUGACACUGAAUACAACAUGAUUUGCCAACAAUUUCCAGCAAACACGUCAUAUGCUCAGAGCCAUAUUUUAAUGAAGUAACAACGAUUUCAUGAAGUGAUGAUAAUGUACGGUGCAGUGUUUGGGUCAUCGCGCUCGGACGCCAUCUUGCCGUUUCGCGUGGCUUUUGUCGGCCGCGGGGCUAGUGUGACGCUGCGCUAACACAUGCAAUAAUUGACUUAAAUGAAUUUUUUUUUUCCCCUGACCUGUUUGAUUUCGCAAUGAUUGAGCGUUCACUUAAAAGCAAUCAAGACUGGAUGAAAAAUGAAAAUGCGUGUGUGUUUUUAGGUGUGCAGCACGUUGACGUCUGAAAAGACGUAAAAAUAGAGGCAUGAUGCUCUCUCGGCCCAGCUCUUCUCUCCAUUAUUGCUGUGCAUGUCUUAUUUAUUAUUACAGUAUCUGCACUGAAUGGAAGUUUGUAUUAUAAGCCACUAUGUACAUAAACAUGUUGAAUUCAAUGAAAAGCAGCUCUUUUCAUCAGGAACCAAGACCAACAUUUUUCAUUUUACAGGAAAUAUUUUCUGACCGCUGCUGCCGGCAAAAUGGAUUGUGUUGUUUUUUUGUUUUUGUUUUUUUUUUUCUCUAAAGAAAAUCAAAUGACAAAUGUUGUCUGCUUCCUGUGCUGAGGUAGUACGUGUACAAAUGUACCAGUAGUGUCAAAUACUGUAUGUGUCCACAGAGAUUACAUUAUUUUAAAGAUGAUUUAGCCAUGUAUAGAAUUAUAUUACUUGUAACUUUGUUUUGGACAACAUUGCAGAGGCAAACGUGGAAAUAUUUAUUGCUCUGAACAUAUAAAAAUCUGUUCAUGUUGAUGGAA